CCUUCAUGUGGACUUGGCCACUGGAUUCGACAGAGCCGAUGAGAGCUUACGCGACGUUGUGGAGCAGAGUGGUAGGAUGGCCGAAAUGAUUGAUCACGGAUUUUCAAGCGUCAAAGAAGACGUCAAGGUUAGCCAUGAUUUGAUGCGAGAGGUAAUUCGCAGCCAAGACCAGCACAUGACCGAGGAAAGAAAGGCGUUCCUUGCUGGGAUACUGAACAUUCUGACACGCCCUGAUUCCUUCAAUCAACAAUCCUCGGUACUUCAAUCGGAGAUUACAACACACAGGCAGGAAGAGCUAGCAUUCGACACGCAAGUCGCCCUACUGCGGAAUCCCAAAGACUUGCAGAACGCCUUUGGAAGUUCCAGACGAGGCUUGAACGAGGUUAAACGCUGUCGUUGUCGAACGAGCAUAACCAUCAAGGAUAGGUCGAUGAGACCCUUGAAGCUACAAAUGAUGCAAAAGUCCGAUCAUAGUCCGGGAUGUCUGUAUCGCCAGUCAGGAUCUGUGAGCUGGAGCUAUGCUGUUUGCGACAGCUUGUAUCCUUUCAUCCGCAAAACGAUGGAAUUGGCCAUGGUGUGACGACAGGACCUGGCAUUUGGCAUCUAACGCCGCCGCUGAGGUUUCGGAAUACUAUUCGACGGUCCGAAUCUGAAAUUUUCCGAGCGUUCGAUCUCUUGCCAAGUGUUUGUGCCAAAAAGCUCACACGCAAGGAGUAUUGGUGUCGGGAAGAUUUGCGUAACAUUCCAUACAGGAGACGUGUAAGAUGGGUCACAAUCGGCGACCAUUCUUCCAUGCAUAUGCAUGAUGUAAAGGACUAUUUCAUUUGGGACUGGAACCCUUCACUAAAUCAAUACCUUGACGACGUCACUGGCCUCAUAAACGAAAGCG